UACUUUAAAGCGGGGACGAAAGAUCAAGCAAAGAGAACAAAAUAUGUUCGGAAGAGACGAGGAGCAAUAGCGCAGGAAUAGGAACAAUAAGCCUACACUAGCAUAGUGAAUAAACGAUGACAUUCUUCAUAGAUGACUAAGAUGGAUUUGGAGACACGGAUAGCGCUAAACCUGAAGAGGAAUGUUAUAUGAGAGCCAUCACGCGGAGUCCUCCUUCCAGAGUAUAUAUCCCCACUUCCUGACAAGCGAUAUGGGUUAUAUUUGGGAUUCUUCAAGGUCCAUUCUAUUCUUAUACCGACAUGGCAACCCAGGACGGCUUCUACCUCGAGAACGACAGUGGCAUUCUCCAUCGUGGUCUCAAAUGUGCUGGUGUUAUCACACCUCCGCAAAAUGUCACCGAUCAACAAUCCACGUUCGACGUGAUAGUAGUGGGCGCUGGGUACACAGGCCUGACAGCCGGUAGAGACCUGUGUAUAUCCGGGUUCAAGGUGCUCCUCCUCGAAGCGCGAGACAGAAUCGGGGGGCGGACUUAUACCGUGGAUGUUGGCGGCCACUUGUAUGAGAUGGGGGGCACCUGGGUGCAUUGGAACCAACCCCAUGUAUACCGCGAGAUGUCUCGAUAUCGCCAGGCGUCGCUAUCCACUAGCCAUAUUGAAAGCGGCGCGGGUCUCAAUUACCAUUCUACGGUUCUCGAGGGCAAGGCUGGCAAAAUGGACCCUGAAACGGCGCACAAAUUGGCUGAAAAAGCGUUUAGAAUGCUUUGCGAUGUCGAUGGAAAGCUGGGUCGGCGAGUUAUCCCAUAUCCACACGAUCCACACUAUUCCCCAGAGGCCAAACAAUGGGAGACCAUGUCCGUUGCGCAGCGGCUCGAGCAGAUCAGAGCAGACCUGACAGGCGAAGAGGUCUCCUUGCUGAAAUCGAGCCUGUCUUCGAUCUGCGGAGCCGAUAUGGAUAACGCCGGCUUCUUCGAUGUUCUCCGGUGGUGGGCUCUAGGCGGAUACUCAAUGGACGGAGUAUACGAGACCGGAGACCAAUUCAAGAUUGCAGCCGGACAGUCCAGCUUCGCCAGGUGUUUCUUUGACGAGGCACUGAGGACGAGGAAUCUCACCUACGCGUUCAAAACCACCAUCACAUCGAUUCAAGACCUGAAGAACCGCGUCGUCGUCAAUGGCAAAUGGACUGCCGGAAGAGUCAUCUGCACUGUCCCGCUAAACGUGCUGCACAAAGUCAACUUCGAGCCAGCUCUCAGCCCAAACAAGACGGCAGUCGCCAAUAUCAACCAGGGUGCAAAGUUCCACCUUGAAGUGUCUGGUCCUGCGCUCCGAUCGUGGUCCGGUGCAGCCUGGCCCGUUAAAAGACAAUGCCAUGGAGCUGGAGAUGGCUUGACUCCGGAUGGCAAUACGCAUCUUGUGUUCUUUGGAUCUAACCAGGAUUUCAGCUCUCCUGAGCUAGAUGGUCGUGAUUUCGUUGCUGAUUGUAAAGAUCUCCAUGAAAUGGAUGUCAAGAAGACGAUAUGGCACAAUUGGAGCAAGGAUCCGUUUGCAGAGGGGGCAUGGUGUAUGUUCGCCCCUGACUCUAGCUUUAAACACCUUGAGGCACUCCAGCAGCGAGCUGGCAACGUUCUUUUCGCAAAUUCAGACUGGGCAGUCGGCUGGCGAGGCUUUAUUGAUGGCGCAAUUGAGCGAGGCGCACUGGCUGCUUAUGAUGUCUCUUUUGAUCUUCGUGCGUCGAAUAUCGAAUCUAAAAUCUGAUCGGCUGUCAC